AGUCCCAGUAAGUUAAGCGAGUCUUGAUAUCACGACCAAACGGUAUAUCGGUAAAACUCUGCCAACGGUUAAAGACCGCGACUAUAGUACUUCAUAGCUAUAUAAACUACGGUAAAAGCCAAUCUUUUACACACAGUAAGCAGGAAAAGCUUAGCGUAUAUAUAAAAGCAACAACACAGAAAAUCACUCGUAGUGAAUUUAGCCGUUAAAGGGUUUGGUCGUGUAAUCGCUUCCCGUGUUGGGUGUCGAACGUGUAAAGUAUUUCAAUAGGAGUUUAAUGUUUUAUACAACCAAUCAACCAUGCGUAUUUAACAGCGAAAUUUGACGGGAUUCACAACUUUAUUUGGUUUUAGUUCACAAGAUUCAACCAUCAUGAGUUGUCCUUUCGCUAAAGACUAUUUGGAACGGGAGAGGAAACUUUUGAUUUCUGAUACGGACAAUGUGCGGAAAAAGGACUCCACGGACAGUUCGGCGUCUACGUCAACGGGGCGUUCUUCGGACGGACAUAAGGAUAGUUCCAGUGACGAAUCUCCACGUAGUCGUAAGAUAAGUAACAUCUCUACAUGUUCCUCUGCCGGAUCUGAAGAGACCAGUGACGGGGGGACGGAGGAACGUAAAAUUGAUGUUACUGGGAUGCUAGAAGCUGUUGGAACACUUAUAUUACCGUCGGAAGGUUUUAUAUAUAAAUCUAUACAGUAUCUACUGACUAAAGAAAGUUUAAAUGAAUUUAGUCAACAACCAAGCUAUCCUGCCGAUAGAUUUAACGUAUCUUUUAGCGAUUCUGGUUUACGUCAUCGAACUUUAGAAGAUGAAGAAUUUACAUCUCUUACUACUGCAUGUGCCAACAUAUCAAAAACCGAAAUAGAAAUAUUUCUGAGGUCUUUAGGAAGAGAAUAUUUCAAACUGGUAUUCGAGGAGUACGGAAAGUGUUUGCGCAUGCUCGGCAGUAACAUGAUGGAGUUAUUCAGUAACUUGGACGGAUUACAGGAAUUGUUGAAAACGCAGCCAAAAUUUGAAGGCGUUCAUUUACCAUCAUUUCGUUGUGAGUACGAAAAAAAUAAAAUUCAGCUGCACUACUACUCGCCGCGGAGGAGGAUAUUAGCGUUUGUGGCAGGAAUAAUUGAAUCUGUGGCCAGUGUUUUGUUUUCGUUAGAAGUUGAAAUCCAAAUUUCUGGUAGUUUGAACCAGACGUCCCAACAUCAUAUCUUCUACAUCGGCACGUGCACAAAUAACAACAAUAAUCACUGUAAAAUGUGUUCGAACCAAGAAACUCUUUCAAGCGAACCGUCCAAUAGUAAAAUAGGAGUGGCUACAUUCUGUAAAUCUUUCCCUUUUCACGUCAUCUUUGACGACCAAUUAAAUAUCAUCCAAUUAGGAACAGCUUUACUUAAAAUGAUUGGACCUCACAUUGCUGCACAUGGAAGACAAAUUGCUACAUAUUUCGAAAUCGGAAGACCUCAGGUGAAAAUGAGUUUUUCUGCCAUCUUGUCACGUGUCAAUUCUAGCUUUAUUCUCAGGACCAAAUCGUUAUCAACAAGUUCCAGAAAUGUGGUACAUAAUAUGGAACUAAAGGGACAGAUGUUACAUCUGCAAGAGACAAAUACAUUGUUAUAUCUGGGUUCUCCAAGUGUGGAGAAGUUAGAUGAGUUGAUAGGUAAAGGUAUAUAUAUAUCUGAUAUACCUAUACAUGAUGCUACUAGAGAUGUUAUACUCGUGGGAGAACAGACAAAGGCACAGGAUGGUCUGAAAAAACGCAUGGUUUCCCUGAAACAAAGCAUUGAACUGGCAACGAAAGCUGUCGAAGAAGAGAAGAAGAAGAACGUUGAGUUACUGAAAGAUAUAUUUCCAAGUGACAUCGCUCAAAAGCUAUGGAGGGAUGAAGCCGUUGAGCCGAUGAAAGUUGAUGAUGUGACAAUGUUAUUUAGUGAUAUUGUUGGAUUUACGGCUAUCUGUGCCACAUGUACACCCAUGCAGGUUGUCAACAUGCUCAACUCACUCUACACACAUUUUGAUACAUCGUGUGGCAUCAUUGAUGUUUAUAAGAUUGAGACAAUCGGAGAUGCAUAUUGUGUAGCUGGUGGUUUGCAUAAGGCCAGUGAUUACCAUGCCCACCAAAUAGCCUGGAUGGGUCUCAAAAUGAUGGAAGCGGCUAAAAAUGAGAAAUCACAUGAUGGUAACAUGAUCAAAAUGCGUAUUGGAAUCCACACGGGUCCUGUUCUAGCUGGGGUAGUUGGGAGAAAGAUGCCUCGAUAUUGUUUGUUUGGUAAUAAUGUUACUCUGGCCAACAAGUUUGAAUCUGGUAGUGAACCAUUACGAAUCCAUCUCAGUCCUACAUCAUAUGACUUAAUUAAGACUAUGCCUGGUUUUAGUUUUACUGCUCGUGGUCUAGAAGCUUUACCUGACGGCUAUCCCGAAGAGUCCCGUAGUAUUCCAUACUUUUUAGACGAUUAUCACCACCCUGAUGCUCCAGCUGAAGAUGGCGUUGACUACAUACAGCUGGCUAUAGACAAAUAUCUGGUAGAUAAAGAAGAAUAAUCGUCUUAAACUUAGAUUACAAUUGGUUGUAUGGUCGUAUUCACGUAGGAUUUUAUUAAUCAAUAAUACACCAAUCAAAUUUACUUUACCUCGCAAGGAAAGUUCCAAAUAAACUACUCUUUACCUUGUAAGGAAAGUGCCAGAGAAACUGCACUUUGCCUUAUAAGAAAAGUAUAAGAAAAACUACUCUACCUUAUUUAAGGAAAGUGUCAGAGAAACUGCACUUAACCUUAUAAGGAAAGUAUAAAAAAAAACUACUCUUUAUCUUAUAAGGAAAGUGUCAGAGAAACUACUCUUUACCUUAUAUAAAAGCAAAAUCUCAAUGAAAUGCCAACUGAUUGGCCACAGUCAGUUGCCGAUCAUGUGGUUGUUGCUGGUACUCUACACCAUUCACUGACGUCUGAUGUAUGGCGAAAUAAUGAGAAAUAAUUCUCAAACUUAAAGACAAGACAUGAUUAUUUAAAAUGGCCACAGUUAUUAGCAACGAGAACAACCGACCGUGCGAAAAAGAUUUUAAAAAUGACAUUGCCAAAGUGAGUGUUUAGUGCUUUAAUUAACUGAUCAGUCUGCUAAUUAAUUGAUUAUCACUAAUUGAUUGCAGCACUGAUUAAUCUGUGAUAAAUUUGACCUAUUUAUUAGCCCCCCCCCCUUCCAUUUAACCCAUUAGUAAUUAUGUGAUUGUUUUCUCGUAUAUAAAGAUUUAAGAUGUAUACAUUGUGUAUAUAAUAAUAACCAUAUUUAUAUAGUGCAUAUUCUUUAUGUUGGUUUAAAUCCUGCUCGAAGCACAUUUGAAUUCAUUACAAUUAUGUGUAUGUUAAAGCAUAUAAUCUACCAAGGUUUUAUACGACACUUGAAGACAGAUAACAAUGGCGAAAACCGUAACACAAUCAGGAAGAGAAUUCCAUAAAGUUGCCUGCUGAGAUAAAACAAAAAAGAGACUGGGCAAUCAGGAAUCUUCUCCUUUUUUUCAGAAUAAUAUUUGUAUUCAGAGUCAGAAGCAGUGAACUGAAAUUUGAUAUCACGAUUGCUCAGACAGGGUCAUCUACAUUUCAGGGUCGUAUUUUUUAAGAAUUGGUUUUUUUUGCCACAUCUAUUAGCAUCCUCUCUUAUCGAAAUCAAUUUAAGUAAGUAUUUCUAUGGAGUGUGUUUCCAAAUUUUGAUGGUUUAAACAUGAAUUUAAACUUAUCCUUUACAUUGAAUGUGUCUGUCAAUUUUUUUUUUUUUUUUGUAUUUUGAUGGUGAGCCUGUCCUUUUAUGUUAUAGAUACAAAUUUAUAUAUGUUUAUAUUAAUAAUUAUAUGUAUUUAUCAGAUUGCCAAUUAUGGUUAUUUUUACCAAAUAUGGUUAUUUUUACCAAAUAUGGUUAUUUUUUACCAAAUAUGGUUACUUUUACCAAUUAAUUAACAUAAUCAGUUUUAAUGUAUAUUAUAAACUGCUUUAAUAUUUAAAUUUGGUUAAUCCAUAUGAUCAUAAUAAUCCAGCAUUUGAACCAUUUUGAUGUUUUGUAAGUAUUCCAUUCUGAUACUUAAUUAUUCUAUUUGUAUUUUAUGCAUACCACAAUUCUCAUGUAAUCAAAUCAAAAAAUAGUUUACUUAUAGAUAUAUUGUAAUUAAAUAAUACUGUUCUCCUUGUAAUUAAAAAAUACUGUUCUCCUUGUUAUUAAAAAAUACUGUUCUCCUUGUAAUUAAAAAUUACUUUUCUCCCUUGUAAUUUGUUGUAUUAAAUCUCUUAUACAUAAUUGUAUUAUACAUUUGCACAACGUAUUGUAUUUAUGAAUCAAUUAAAUAUAUAAUACAUUUGUAUAUUUGAAAUACAUAUCACUGGAACACAUUUUUUAAAAAUCAUAAUUAUUUAUAUAUUCGUUAUCUAUGGUUCAUUUCACUAAUGUAUACAUAUACAAUUAAGUAAGGACUCACACGCUGCUAUGAAUAACUAUUUAAGUUUAUAGUUCAUAAUUAUUGUAUUUUACAUCUAUUUCCCAUUUCACAAAUGUGUACAAUGUAUUAUUAAUUAAUCCCGUGUAAUUAUAUUUUAUGUCUCUGGCGAGUUUCACGAAUGUGUACACAUGUAAUUAAUUAAAUAAUCCUAUUGUUAUAUUCUACAAGUGUAAUAAACACAUUAACACAUAUUUACUAAUAUAUUUAUGGUUUGGCCUACUUUAAAGUUAAAAUGUGAUUUUUCGAACUAAAGGGAUGAAAUGGAGUUUUAUGUCACGUCAGCUCCAACUGGGCUAUAUUGCGCCAAAUUUCCGAUGUAAAGAGACUGUUUAUAUUCAUUGUUGAGUCAAUUGUAGAAAUAAAUCCAUUUCCCACCCAGUAUAGAGAUCGCGCCACUAUUAAGGCCAAUUUAUAACGUACCCACAACUGGUCUUAAUCGCAGGAUUUCACGGUAUUAUUUUAUUCCAUUAUUUAGGCCGACCCGAGUAUCUGGGGCCUGUUUCACGAAAUUUUAACUACGAUAAAAACCAAAUUUUAAUAAUUUGAUUGGAUAAUAUUAGGCGGAUUUUUGUGCUUAUAGCCAAUCAAAAUUGAAGUAUCUACUAAAAUUUGGAUUUUAUCUUAAGUUAAGAUUUCGAGAAACAGGGCCCUGGUCUUAAUUAGCGGGAUUUCACUUUAUUGUAAUAUUAUCCACUAUUUUAUUUCGGUCCAUUAUUUAAGGACGUGCAUGUUUGAUGUUUAACGAAGCCUCUGAUCUCGGCCAAAAAGACGCAUUUUUGGCAUUUGGCCGUUUUUGGCAACUGGGCGAAACGAACCCACUGGCAAUUUCUUCUCACCUUAAUUAAAGUAGGCCUACCUUUAUAAAAUAUGUAUUCUGAUGUAUGUAGGCUCCGCCAAUUCGAUUAAAAUCGACAUAAAUCUUAGAAUGCUUGCCGUGGGAGAUCGAUUGCGCCGGUGGACUGCGAAGUCACAAUUGCAAGAUGGCUGCGAUCUCAGUUCUGAUUCAUAUAUUAGACUCGUUCUUGUUUUUCUAAGACCCAAAAUGAUAAUAUAAUAAGUAAAGAAGCGUGUUUUAUAUAACUUAUAUUAUAUAACUAAUUUAUGCUUGUUUUAAUAAUCCAACGCGAGACAUUAUUGAUACUUCACGAGGUUAGACCGAGUGUUGUUUUAAUAUAUACGCAUUGUCUUGCUCGAGGCAGUUAAAUAACUUGAAAUACCGACACUAUCCCGCACGUGCAUUUCAAAGAAAUCGUCACGCGAGUCCAAUAUUACAUCUAUUAUAAAUUAUUGUACGAUUGGCACGUUGUCCGUACCAUUAUUUGAAAAAUUGGUACGCCAACAUCUGUAUUUUAUUGUGAAUUAAUUUAAAUAAUAAAGCCUAUAUAUGAAUGUAAGCAUAUUUAUGAUUCUAUAAUAUGUUAUGAUAUUUAUUUUUAUUAUUUAUUGCAAUGAAUAGCACUAGAAGUGUCUGUAUGGUAAAUAAUGAAACUGUAAUUUAUUACAUAAUAAUUGUUAUAAGAUAAAAUAAUGACAGCACUGAAUAAAACGAAUAAAAUUGACGACAGUA